CACCAUCUCAGCCAAUUGGCUUCCAAAAACGUGGCCCUUGCUGGCCUUUCUAGUUCGUAGCGGCUCCUUGUUCGUGCUUACCGUCUGCAGGCAGUGCCAGCCCUCCACCUGCAUUCCCCCAGCACGUCAGCGCAUCCUUCAGUAGUUUUUAAAGACAUACCACAUCUAUAACUGUGUUCUGAGGCCGAAGCCAGCGUGCAUGGGCAGCAGCUGAACAAACGGCCUGGUUGAAUGGGGCCAACAGGAGCUGGUCGGGCGUAUCGCCCGUGUACCCAGCCAGCGUGAGCUGAGCUCUAGCCGACUCUUGCUGGAGCAGAGUCGGCUUCUCUUGAGAUGACAGACGACGCGGGCGUGUGCAGCAUCACCGUUGUUCCUGGCGGUGAUGCUGGCCAGGAUGGCGAGGCAGGAACGCUGCUCCGCGUGGUGGCGCCCUCGCGGCACAUCCGGAUGGGGGACCUCUUACCAGUGUUCGAGUCCAUGGACCUUUGUCUCGUCUCCUACACGGCGGAGCGGGACCCGGAUGCGCCGAUGGGAGCAGCAGCUGCUGCAGGGACGUCUGGCCGGAGGAAGGCGGCCAGCUCCUUCCGCGGGUUGUUCCUCAUCACUACAAACGAUGGAGAUCCGCUCAGCGAGGAGCUGCUGGGGAGCCUGCAGGAGGCCCUGUUGCAGCAGCUGCGCAUCAGCAACGCAGCGCUGCUGAGACGGGCCGUGCGGGACUCAUCGCGCCGUGACAGCGUUGCCUCGUACACAGGCACGGAUGCUUCCAUGGACCCCGACUCGCCCUCAGCGGCGGCGGCCGCGGCCGCGGCGGCGGGGCACGGGCCAUACCACAGCGGCCCGAGUCUCCCCGCGGGCGCAGGCGGCAGCGGGUCCUUAAGCCACAUGAAUCCAGCUGCCCACCACAUGCACAGCCACUCUAGCACGCAGAGCCUGCCUUCGCACCACCACCAGACCUACCAGCCGCAGACGUCCCUGUACGGACAUUACGGGGCAGUGCACGGUCAGCUGCCACCGCAACACCACCACACCACGACGGGCGUGCACGCGCCCAGCAACCUGGGCCCGGGGCCCGUGGCGCACCACCACCCGCAGCAGCAGCACCCCCACCCCCACCAUCAUGACCACACCACGUCGGCUGGCAGUAUUCUGUUCUCGGAACACAGCGUGAGCAGCGUGGGGUCGCUGCUGCGCGUGGCUUCGGGCGCCCCGUCAGACAUGGCGGCGGUGCCCAGCCCGCCGGCCAACCUGCACACGGCGUCGUUCUCCUUCCUGCAGCAACAUGCGGACUCGGUGCUGCUGGACUCGGCGCCCAACAGCACCACGGCCGGCGCGCUCAACACCGUGACCACCAGCACCAGCAGCCUGGGCGUUCUGGACGAGGCUGCUCGGAUGGGGCACUACACCCUGCCUGCGCAGCCGUCGCCAUUUGCCGCGGCGUCGCAGCAGCAACAGCAGCACCCACCACACGGACCACACCACCAUCACACGCAGUCGCAGCCCACCCCGCACGCCCACACGCGGUCACAAGGCCAGGCGGUCGAGCUGUAUGACUUCGCGCUGGGUUUGCAGGCGCGCUCCUCCUCGGCAUCUUGUACGCCGCCACCAGCGCAGACUCCAAGUGACCCCGAUGCUGCGACCGGCCGAUCGGGGCCCAGCCCAGCCGGCGCGAUUCCGGCCUCCCGGGCGGACUCGGGCCGCGGCCCCCUCGCGGCGAGCUUGCAGCCGGUGGCGGCGACAGCGAGUGGGACGCCGCACCACAGUCGACCCUGCUCCGGCGCGCAGCUCGCGCUCGUGGCUGGCAUGCUGUCCGGCACUGGCGGCAGCACCACCGGCGGCUCCACGCCCGCCGUGUCCGCUGCCAUUGGCAUCGCCGGCACGUCGGCCGCCGCCGCAGCGGGCUCCAUCGCACCCAUCGCCGCCUCGCCGCCCGGCUACAGCCCGCUAGCGAUGCUUGCGGCCGCGGGGGCAGACACGCCCGCCGGCACGGAGUCCAUAACGUCCACGGUGUUCGGGCCGGGCGGCGCGGCUGGGCCGGGCGCGGCCGAGCCGGCCGGCACCGCCACCGAUGUGCUGGAGGAGGUUGAUGACAGCCCCACCUCGGAGGAGCGCGACGGCACGUACGCAUGGUGGUCCACGGUUUCGGCGCGCGACACGGUGGCGAGCAUCAUGUCGCAGCCGGCAAGGUCGAUCAGCUCAGAGGCUGACCUGGGCUCGGCCAAGAGCAUGAUGACAAAGCACAACAUCUCGGCGCUGCUGGUAGACACGGGCGGCCCUAACCCGGGCUUCAUAACCAAGCGCGACUUCCUCAAGGUGCAGUUCUCCAAGAACUUCAAGAAGACUAAGGUCAAGGACGUGAUGACGCAGCCGGUCAUAUACGUGGACAUCGGCUUGCCCAUUGAGGAGUGCUCGCGCGUGCUGGAGGCGUACGGCGUGCGGCGGGUGCUGGUGCACGACCCGCUGCGCUGCACCGACGAGGACCCGCUGGCGGCGUUCGUGGGCGUGGUCAGCGACGCCGACCUGUUCAAAUGCAUGGGCGCGCCCGCGCUGUCGCCAGUGGUGGGCUCCAUGGCCAACUCCACGGAGCAGUCCCCGGCCGUCCCGCUGCCAGUCAUGCCGUCGCUGCCGCUCCCGGACGGACCCGGCGCGGCGGCGGCGCACUCGCCGGGCAGCGCCUUCGCGACCGGCCCGCCGGUGGCGCUGGCGACCAUGUCCUCCGUCAACUCGGCCUCCGCCAAUGCCUCCGUCAGCGGCUCCGCAGGGCCCUCGCACGCGCCCUCCUCGGCGUCGGCAGCCAACAUCGGGGCCUCCAUAGCGCAGGCGCUGAGGACGGUGGAGACGGCGUCGGCGCCGUCGGGCAUGACUGCGGCGCCGUCGGGCGCGGCCCCCAGCUCCAGCAGUAUGGUGCGGCUGAGCGCCGAGUCCAGUCUAGCGGACCGGUACCGCUGCGCGGCGGCGCUGUGGGAGCUUGAUUUCAACGAGCUGGAGGUGACUCGCCGCAUUGGUGAGGGCUCCUUUGGUGAGGUGCUGCUCGCCAACUUCCGCGGCACCAAGGUGGCCGUCAAGCGCUUGCGCGGCUUCGAGUGCGGGCCCGACAACCCCGACACGGGCGAGACGGGCGAGACCGGGCCGUCGCCCACGCAGAUGCCCAUCUUCCGCCAAUUCUUCGAGCGCGAGAUUGAGAUCCUGGCGACCAUUCGGCAUCCCAACGUCGUCAACUUCAUCGGUGCCUGCCACACGCCGCCCAACGUGUGCCUGGUGACGGAGUACUGCGCGCGCGGCUCACUGGACCACCUGCUGCACAAGAGCAGCAUCCACAUUGAUACACUCAAAAAGGUCGAGUUUUCCAUGGACAUCGCGCGCGGCAUGGGCUGCCUGCACUCCCAGAAGCCGCCCAUCAUCCACCGCGACCUCAAGAGUGCCAACCUGCUGGUCUCGGCGCGCUUUGAGGUCAAGGUUGCUGACUUCGGGCUCAGUAGGAUCAAGGACCAUGCGCAGCUCAUCAACAGCCGCGCGGGGCUGGAGGGCACGGUGGAGUAUGCGGCGCCAGAGGUGCUGCGCGGCGAGCCCUACACGGAGAAGUGCGACAUCUGGUCGUACGCCAUCCUGCUCUGGGAGCUCAUACACAGGCAGCGGCCGUACGCGGACGCAGACGUGCCCAUCUACAUCUUGAUGAUGUCGCUGGGCAACGGCUCUCUGCGGCUGCCGCCGGUGCGCGAGGACCUGGCCACGCCGGGGCUGGCGCGGCUUGUGGAGCGGUGCAUGGCGUGGCUGCCGGCGGACCGGCCCAGCUUCCGGGAGAUCCUGCACGCACUGGAGGCGGAGUACAAGAUCAUCCGCGGCAAGGCGGCAGCGGUGCCGCGCUCGGACUCGGCCUCCUCUAUGGUAGUGCUGCCCGGCAACCAGGCCAGCACCUCGGGCGGCUCCGCUGCGCAGCCGGCGGCGCACGCCGCGGAGGGGCACGUGCAGUCGCAGUCGCAGCCUCACGCGCACCCACACCACCCGCCGCACCCGCCGCAUCCGGCCGGCCUGCCGCCGUCACACUCGUCGCACAGCCCUGGCAACCGGCCCGCCAAUCUGCCCAUGGGGCCCGGCGCACCGCUCGCGCAGCGCAAGAGCAGCAAGCUGGGCAUGAAUGUGGGGCACGCCGGCGAGCCCGCCCGCCAGUCCUCCAACGAGCAUGGGGAGCACGUGGGCGGCUCGCACGCGCAGCCGCCGGCACCCGCGCCGCGGCCGCGCGUGAAGCUGCUGGUGCCGGCACCUGCUGGCUCCACCGCCACGCCGGGUGGUGCGGGGGAGCCUUCAGACCCCAGCAGCCCAGCUGACUCCUCUCGGCCCUCAUCCAGCAGAGCAACAGGCCCCAGCACGAGCAGCCGGACGGCGGGCACGGGCGGCAAGGCCUCUGGCGGCAAGUCUGGCGGUCGCGCCAUGCGUGCAGCGCUUCGCUCCAAGUCCAUGCCGCUUCCGGAGUUCGAAUGGCUGGGCGGGGAGGACGGCUCGGACGAUUACGUCGAGACGACCGAGUCGGUAGCAGACGAGGACGCAGAAGCGGGACCAUCGGGCGGCACCACCGCCAGCGGCGCCGCGCCGGGGGCACCUCCACAGCACCCGCUGUCGCGGUUGUCCUCGUCAGGUGUAGCGGAGCCCGUGGCAGCCGACGGCGUCGCCGACGAGGAGGCGGGCGAGCACCCGUCGCCGCGGCUGCCGCAGCACUUGGUGGUGAAGCUGCCGCAGCAGCGCGUGGGCUGGGAGGGCGUAGAUGUGGUGCGCGCAAACAGCUCGCAGAGCCCCAGCAGCAAAGGCCGGCGUCAGCUCAGCGCCGACGACGCCACCAGCGGCGGUGAUAGCGCUGGCGGCAGCGGCGCAGGCAGCAGUAAGAUGCAGACGCCGUUACACACCGCGCCCGGCUCAACACCGCGGCACUCCCACUUGCACCCAGGCGCUGAAGCAGCGGCAAGGCGCGGCCUCGCCGGGACCGCACCGAUGCCUGCGGAGUCUGGAGUAAGCUCUGCCGCCAAAGCCUCGCCCUUUCACAUGGCUGCAAACAGCCCCUUUGCGAACGCAGCGGACCUGCCGUGGUCGCCGCGGCCAUCGGGCGUGGUGGGUAGUGUGAGCCCCAGCUUCAGCUCGCCCCGCACCUCGCACAAGGGCAUGGGGCAGCCGGGCGGUGCUGCGAGUGCUGCGGCUGCGGCGGGCCCUGCGCCGGCGCCCGCUCCUCGGCGCGUCACCUUCGUGUCCCCCUUCGCCCAAAUGGCGUCUGAGGUGCCGUCAGAGGCAGAGGAGGAGCAGGCGCCGGCGGCGAGGGAGCGGCCGAGGCGCCGGAGCAGCGGGCGGAUCGCCGGGGACACGACCGCCAGCAGCCCGUCAGAGUCGGAGGACGGUGCGGAGGGGGCCCCGGCACCAGCGCCGUGGGUGGCGGCAGCGUCGACUGCAAAUAGCACGGACGUGCAUGUGCUGGUAGAGAAGGACCAGCACACCGCCUGGGGCGUGCUCGGCGCCUGCAGCAAGCCGGCUUCCGGUGACGUGUAUCCGCCGGGCGGCCUGGUCACAGGCCGUGUGUCGCCGCCGCCGCCGCUCCAGCCGCCCUCGUAUGCAGCCAUGCGUGCGGCGGCUGCUAGCCCCUUCGCUAUGGCCGCGGGCUUUGCGCCGGCCGACGAGGAGGUCGCGUCCCCGCGCACCGAGGGCCUCGCGCCGGAGGCAGUGGCCGCUGUGGCGGCGGCGGCCGCGGCAGCGGCAAGGGCGCCAGCCGGCGCCUCCACAACUGAGGAGGAGGAGCUGCCGCUGCCGCGCCCGUCAAUGGGCGGCUUCGCUGGUAUGGGGCUGCCAUCAGGCAGCAGCAGCGCAUCCGACCAGUUUGACGACGGCGAUGACGACGCCACGCUGCACACCACAGCGUGGGUGCGGCUGUAAAGACGCUGCGCGGUGUUCGUGUCGGCGGUCGUCGAGUGCGGGUCCGAGUCGAAGGAGGUUGUAUCUGCUGAGUGCGUUGCGCCCUUUUUGUCGGCCACGUCCGGAUUUGCGGGGAUGCCAAAGGCCCCCAACAUAGAGGCGUGUGCUUAGUAGGCGCCCGCGUCAAGGUGGCUGGCUUGAUAACGACCCGGGAUCAGCCCUUUUCCUGCCUGCCUAAGGCAGACACCUCCUUGUUGUAGCCCCGGGCGUGUAACCUAGAAAGUUGCUCGGACGAGGCAGAGUUUGUUACAGUCUGUCUUGUAGAUCUGUGUAGGCAGGCGGAAGCAAGAAGUGAAGUACAAAUGUUGUUGGGAUUUGGUGACGCGUGAUUGAGGUGUGUGCGUGCGGAGGGAAUGCUCGCUCGCCCGCUGACCGUGCGGUGACGAACUAGCGAGGACAAGUAACGCGUGAGCAGAAGCGGGCGUGGGGUCUGUGUUAUUGAUGCUGGGGCUCUCAGUACCAGAGUAUGCUCGAGUGGAGAGGGGGCAGCGGCCAGAGUCGGCUAGUAAAGCAAGACCCACAUUAUUGGUGCAAUGCGGUUUGAGUACGAGUCUGCAUACCGAGCUAGGAAGGUGCUUGGUGCAUGCAUGGCGAGGAACCCAUGCAUAGGUCGGCAGCUUUCUAGGAUUAAGUACAGAGGAGCGCAGGCGACGAACUUGAUGCGGGGCAUGUGGGGUACGCUGGCGUGUGUAUGUCGAUGCAACUAUCAUGCAAGGGAUGCAGAUGGACGAGGCUGAAAGUCCCCAGGCAUCAUAUCUACGUAGGAAUGAACGUGAAGGUGCAAGCGUGCUGCAGAUGUGCAGGAUAAGUGGUGACGUGGCCGGCGGAGUAUCGUCAACGCUGGCGCGGCGGCAAGCACCGCAUGACCGCAAUGACGUGGAGCUGUUCUGUUUGCUGGUGAAGAUUUCAAGUGCGGUAGGCUGAGUGUUCCGGAGGGCUCGCGCGCCGACCUGUCCUCGAGAUGCGAGGACACACCCUGUAACUGGUGGCUACUGCGAGCCCGUGUUCCGAGGCGUUACUGUGGCUUGCCAUGGCCGAUCAUUGCAGACAACCUUCCCCAAUCUACUGUACUGUAAGGGCCCACCGGCCCGGGCCUCGGUUUUCGGCACAAGGACAGGAAUGCACGUCGUGCUCGCCACCUUGUAACCACACACACAU